CUCUCUUUUUAAAAAGGAUAAUAUCAAGAUUUAUUCAAAGCUUUUUACACUUGUUUAUUUGGGCGAUAAGGUCAUGAAGGGACUUUGAUCAAGUUUCUUCAAAGAUUAACUGACAUCCUCUGAAAGUACAUCAGUUUCUUUUCAAUCAGGUAUUUGCUCAGCUCCUGACAGGGUGUUGAAUUCAUUAGAAUUAUACAGUUUCCUGGUCUUCGCUGUAGGUUUCCUUAAGACAUGCUGCUGAAAUCACAAAGUCUCCUCUCAGAUUCCUUCCCUCCCUCUGGCUUCCUCAUUCAGUUACUCAAACUAUCUGGGAAGCCAAGCUUGCUGAGUGCUGAUGAAAUUCUGUCUGGGGAAAGAAAAAUAAAGAGAGGAUGAACAAGUGCAGUAAGAAGGAGGAAGCAGCCACUGCCACUGCUCACUAGCUCGCUAGUUUUCUCCUUGGCAAACAAGAAGGCAACAUUGGCAAGGAGAGCAACAGCAGGUGACAAUGGCAGCAAGGAGGAGGUCUACGACACUGACAAUGGAAGCCACCCAAAUCAAUAUGUCACAAGCGCCACUAGUGAACAGCAACAUCACUGCUAAGUCUAAGAGGAGCAAACCUCGUGUGAUGUCCAAAAGUGGCCACAGCAACGUGAGGAUUGACAAAGUCGAUGGCAUAUACCUGCUUUAUCUUCAGGAUCUGUGGACCACCGUCAUCGACAUGAAGUGGAGAUAUAAACUGACCUUGUUUGCUGCUACUUUUGUAAUGACUUGGUUUCUUUUUGGAGUAAUUUACUAUGUCAUUGCCUUUCUUCAUGGAGAUUUGGAAGGGAACAAACACCCACAGAACCAGGCCCCCUGCGUCAUGCAUGUGAGGUCACUCACUGGAGCAUUUCUCUUUUCUUUGGAGUCACAGACUACCAUUGGCUAUGGCUUCCGUUACAUCACAGAAGAGUGCCCUCAUGCCAUCUUCCUUUUAGUUGCUCAGCUGGUUCUCACCACCUUGAUUGAGAUCUUCAUCACGGGGACUUUCCUAGCCAAAAUUGCUAGACCCAAAAAAAGGGCUGAGACCAUUAAAUUCAGUCACUGUGCUGUCAUCUCCAAGCACAAUGACCACCUGUGCCUUGUAAUCCGAGUGGCAAACAUGAGAAAGAGCCUCUUGAUCCAGUGUCAGCUGACAGGGAAGCUUCUCGAGUCCUACGAAACUAAAGAAGGUGAGAGGAUUCUGCUUAACCAAGCGACUGUUAAAUUCCACGUUGACUCCGCAGCAGAAAGUCCAUUCUUGAUUUUACCUCUGACCUUUUACCACAUAUUGGAUGAGAGCAGCCCUUUAAGAGAUCUUACACCCCAAAACCUUAAAGAAAAAGAGUUUGAACUGGUUGUCCUCCUGAAUGCCACCGUAGAGUCAACAAGUGCCGUCUGCCAGAGCCGAACAUCAUAUAUCCCAGAGGAGAUCUUCUGGGGUUUUGAGUUUAUGCCUGUGGUCUCUCUCUCUCCGAAUGGGAAGUACGUUGCAGAUUUUAGUCAAUUUGAGAAGAUCAGAAGAUGUGCAGAUUGUACCUUGUACAGUAUGGACUCUGAAAAGCAAAAACUAGAAGAGCAAUAUAGAAAAGAAGAUGAAAGAGAAAGGGAGCGCAGGACAAGGUUUUUACAGCAAAGCAAUGUUUGAUUUCUCAUCCAACACCAACCACAACAAAUAUUUAUACAGCAAGAACUAUCAUCACCCCCCUUGAAAAUGGAAGGGCAUCAAAAACUCAUCCAAACAGCCAUCACUGCACAAACAAGACAUUUUAUUCUAGAAUCCAUGAAAACCAAGUACAUUAUCUAGAUCUGUUGCCUGUUUUUUGACCAUGAAAAGUGCUCAUUGAGAAACUGGUUUUAUUAUAAAGAAAAGGUCAUAGCAGAUUGACUCUGCAUUAACUCCUGCCCCCCCCCUC